UCUUGGAAAAGUUUUACCAAAGCGUUGAUCAGAGCCAAGAAGAUUAUAUUGAUAGAUUGAGGCAAGCUGUCGCAAUUCCAAGUAUAAGCUCAGACGCCGAAUAUCGCGAUGACGUUAUCCGCAUGUCUCAAUGGCUUACUUCUUUAUUCGAGAAACUGGGAAUCAAGUAA